AUGGAGAAAUUGGCGUAUCACUGCCGGCACAAAAUGCUUGUGUGCUUGCCAAGAACUCUAAGUACAAUUUCUAAAAGAACCCACAAAAGCUUUUCUGCAGAGAACGCAUCUGUGAAUAUCCAAAGCCCAUCAAAGCCAUGCAUGUCGAUCCCCAAGGUGUCACGCAUUUUCCAGCCCUCCAACCUCCGCGAGGGAUAUGAAGGGGGAGAUAUGACGUGCCGAAGUCAGAGACUGAUGCUGCAAGCCGGCCUCAUCCAUCCCUCCAAUCCAGGUUGCUUUUACUACCUUCCCACCGCGCUGCGCUCCUUGGAAAAGUUAGUUCGAAUCAUUGAUGAAGAAAUGCAGGCUAUCGGUGGGCAGAAAGUGGACAUGCCUGCGCUGUGUGCCGCAGAGCUUUGGCGACGCAGUGGCCGUUGGGAACUGAUGGGCAAAGAGAUGUUCCGGCUUCAAGACCGGCACGAUAUUGAAUAUUGCCUUGGUCCCACACAUGAGGAGGCAGUUACUGAGCUCUUGGCAUCACAGAGCACCUUGUCCUAUCGACAACUGCCACUUCUUCUCUACCAAGUGACCCGCAAGUUUCGCGACGAGCAGAAGCCAAAGUUUGGUUUGCUACGAGGACGGGAGUUCUACAUGAAAGACAUGUAUUCGUUUGAUAUCAGUGAGGAGGCUGCUCAACAAACCUACGAGUCCGUGUGCCACGCAUACGGACGGCUGUUUAACCGUCUGGGUCUGCGGUGGGUGCAGGUGCAGGCAGACACAGGCAAAAUCGGGGGCACGCUGUCCCACGAGUUUCAGCUCCCGGCUGACGUUGGAGAAGAUCGGCUACUCUUCUGCAACAACUGUACUUUUUCUGCUAAUGUUGAAACUGUAAAUACUGAAGAGACAAACUGCCCCCAGUGUCAUACGGGUACCCUGAAUGAGUCUAAGGGAAUUGAAGUAGGGCACACUUUUUACCUCGGCACUAAGUACUCCGAGGUAUUCAAUGCUAUGUUUAUUAAUUCUCAGAACAAGCCCAUGGUGGCUGAGAUGGGCUGUUUCGGUUUGGGUGUCACCCGUAUCCUCGCUGCCUCUGUUGAGGUCCUCUCAACCGAGGAUGCUAUUCGUUGGCCCGGGCUUUUGGCGCCCUAUCAGGUGUGUAUCCAGCCCCCCAAAAAGGGCAGCAAGACACAUAGUGCCACUCAUUUGGCUGAAGAACUAGCCCAGAGCCUUGGAGAUUGUUUGCCCAAUCUGAGGGGUGAGGUAGUCCUGGAUGACAGGACCCAGCUGACCAUCGGGAAGCGCCUGAAAGAUGCCAGUAGGCUCGGGUACCCGUAUGUGGUGGUGGUUGGGCAGAAAGCCAUGGAAGAGCAGCCUCUGUUUGAGGUUCUCUGUCAGGGCACUGGAGAGACGAUGUUCCUCAGCAAGGAGGCAUUAGUUGAUCUUUUGAGUCAAGUGGAAACUGUCUAGGCUGAUCUUAAGAUACUCUGUCUGG